AUGAAAACCAGGGCUGCCCUCAAGAAGAAAGCAAAUAUUGCAUUGAUUUCUCAAAUUGAGCCAAAAAAGGUAGAGGAAGCACUGAAUGAUUCAAGCUGGGUGCAAGCUAUGCAGGAGGAAUUAGAUCAGUUCAGCAAGAAUCAAGUGUGGAAACUAAUACCUAAACCUGAAAAUGUGUCUGUGAUCGGAACAAAAUGGGUAUUUAGAAACAAAUUGAAUGAGGAUGGAAAGGUCAUAAGAAAUAGAGCGAGACUAGUUGCACAGGGCUAUUCACAGCAGGAAGGAGUUGACUAUGAUGAGACUUUCGCCCUAGUAGCUCGUUUGGAGUCUAUACGAAUUAUUCUAGCACACACAUCCUUUAAAGGAUUCAGGCUGUUUCAAAUGGAUGUUAAAAGCGCCUUUUUGAAUGGAUUUAUCGAGGAAGAAGUUUUUGUAAAAUAG